CAGACCCCCAGAUAUUGGGCCUGUCCCUAUAAAAUCAGGACAUCGGGCCUCGGUGGACUCUCAGUUCAGUAUGAGUUCGGCGUUUCUCUAGUUUACUACUGUUGAUGCGAGGGCAGGAGGCUGCAGCUGGAUACGUUUCAGGCUGUAGAUUUUUAACAUGGUGGGGAGCUAACCACAGAAACAGCUCACCCAUCUCUGUCACCCGGACUCGUUCCAUCCAGAUUGGCUUUCUGGGCUAGCUCAGCCAUCAGAUAUGGGCUGCAUGCUGGGGGCAGUUCUCUGGCCUGUGGUAUGUGGAAGUGGGACUGGCUGAACAUCUAGGAAUCUGCUACUCCCAUUUGAUUGCAAGCUGGCUGGGGCAGGGCCCCUGGUCUGUGUACAGCUCCUAGCACCUUGGGGCUCUUGCAGGACAGAUGAGGGACACUGAGGCACGGAGAGGAAGUGAAUUGUGCUGCGUAGUCUGGAACUGAAUCCGGAUCUCUCGAGUCCCCGCCUGGCUCCUCGGUGCCCCGCGACCAUCCUUGUUCUCUGUUCCCGCCGGGACGGUGCAUCGGCCGUGUUCGGGCAGCCCAGCCGGGGCGGAGUGGAGACUCUCUGCCAGGUGCUUGGGUGUCUGGGAGGGGACAGCCAGCCUGCGUGAAGGCUGAACACCCCGCCCUGCCGGGAGCGAGGUGACUCACGGCCUUUGUCCGCUCGGCCCUCGGCACGCCCGGCCGCUGUUUGCCUCUCGGCCCGCCCCAGAUGCAGUUCCAGCUGGCUCCCUGCCUUGGGCCUGCGUCCGAAGCUGCACGGCGAGGCCGACGUCCACCGUCUCGCUGGUGGGAACGUCUUCUCUGACAUUGGGCUCCUGCUUGACACUUUUGGAUAUUUAACAACUGGCUCUUCAAGCUAACAGAGACGGGCAGGACCCGAUCUUCAGGUCCCUUACAGCACGAAAUUUCUGUGAUUGUGCCAAGACCACUGAGCUUUCUGGGAGGCAGCCCAGUGGAGGAGCGUUUUGGAAGCGGGAAUCACGUGAUAGCUCCAUGCCCGUUCUCGGGGCACAUGGGAGGCUGUAAGAAGAUGAGUGGGUACCCCGCAUUGACGUACGUUUGUCACUUGCGCUGGGUGUUGGGGCAAGGACACUCCAAGGAUUUGUCAUCCCGCCCCUGCAGUUUACAGGUGGGGAAACUGAGGCAAAGGAGUGCAAGAGUUGAAGAUGAAUCGAGGAAAAUCUGCAGCCAUUCUAUAAAUCGGUGGACGGCCCUGUGAUCUCCGGCGGCGAGCGCUGAGAGUCAGGGGAGAGCCGCCAUGGCCAGCGCCUCCGUCAAAGUAGCUGUAAGAGUUCGGCCUUUCAGCUCCCGGGAGAUCAGCCGGGACGCAAAAUGCGUCAUUCAGAUGCAAGGGAAAACCACAUGUAUCACCAAUCCCAAGCUGACAAAAGAUGCACCCAAAAACUUCACCUUCGAUUAUUCCUACUGGUCCCACACCUCGGAGCAGGACCCCGCUUUCGCCUCCCAGCAGCAGGUGUACAAGGACAUCGGGGAGGAGAUGCUGCUUCACGCCUUCGAGGGCUACAACGUCUGUAUCUUCGCCUACGGCCAGACCGGGGCCGGCAAGUCCUACACCAUGAUGGGCCGGCAGGAACCGGGGCAGCAGGGGAUCAUCCCCCAGCUCUGUGAGGAUCUGUUCGCCCGGGUCACCGAGAGCCGCUCCCCCGACCUGUCCUAUUCCGUGGAGGUAAGCUACAUGGAGAUCUACUGCGAGCGGGUGCGGGACCUGCUGAACCCCAAGAACCGGGGGCACCUGCGGGUGCGGGAGCACCCCAUCAUGGGCCCCUACGUGGAGGACCUGUCCAAGCUGGCCGUCACCUCCUUCGCCGACAUCGCCGACCUCAUGGACUGCGGGAACAAAGCCAGGACGGUGGCUGCCACCAACAUGAACGAAACCAGCAGCCGCUCGCACGCCGUGUUCACCAUCGUUUUCACGCAGAGGAGACACGACGAGCUGACCGACCUCGACACCGAGAAGGUCAGCAAAAUCAGCCUGGUGGAUCUGGCCGGCAGCGAGCGAGCCGAGUCGUCCGGCGCCAAGGGCAUGAGGUUAAAGGAAGGUGCAAACAUCAACAAAUCCCUCACCACGCUGGGGAAGGUGAUCUCCGCCCUGGCCGAGAUGCAAAACAACAAAAAGAAGAAAUCGGAUUUCAUCCCUUACCGUGACUCGGUGCUCACCUGGCUGCUCAAGGAGAACCUGGGCGGUAACUCCCGCACGGCCAUGAUCGCCGCCCUCAGCCCGGCCGACAUCAGCUACGAGGAGACGCUCAGCACGCUCCGCUACGCGGACCGGACCAAGCAGAUCCGGUGCAACGCGGUGAUCAACGAGGACCCGAACGCGCGGCUCAUCCGGGAACUGAAGGAGGAGGUGGCCCGGCUGAGGGAGCUGCUCUUCGCCCAGGGCCUCUCCGACGCCCCCCUCCUCGGCGGCUUGAAGGGGGAAGCUCCUGACAGCUGCUCCCCAGCACCCCCACGGCCCUUCAACCCCACAGCCGAGCUCCGGUCUCCCGGCCCCCUUAACGGGGGGUCCGAGCCCUUCCCCACCCUGGAGGAGCAGGUCAUCUGCACGGAGGAGGCAAUGGAGAGGCUGCAGGAGACGGAGAAAAUCAUCGCGGAGCUGAACGAGACGUGGGAGGAGAAGCUGCGGAAAACCGAGGCACUUCGGAUGGAGAGGGAGGCGCUCCUGGCCGAGAUGGGUGUGGCCGUGCGGGAAGACGGUGGCACGGUGGGGGUCUUCUCCCCAAAAAAGACCCCGCACCUGGUGAACCUGAACGAGGACCCGCUCAUGUCGGAGUGUCUGCUCUACCACAUCAAGGACGGCGUGACCAGGGUGGGCCAGGUGGACGUCGACAUCAAGCUGACGGGACAGUUCAUCAAAGAGCAGCACUGCGUUUUCCAGAGCCGCACCGGCCCCACCGGGGAAGCCAUCGUCACACUGGAGCCGUGCGAGGGGGCUGAGACCUAUGUCAACGGAAAGCAGGUGACGGAGCCGCUGGUCCUGAGGUCAGGUAACCGCAUCGUGAUGGGCAAGAAUCACGUUUUCCGCUUCAACCACCCGGAGCAGACGCGGCUGGAGCGGGAGCGCAGCGCCCCCGCCGAGCCCCCGCCCGAGCCCGUCGACUGGAACUUCGCCCAGCGCGAGCUGCUGGAGGAGCAGGGCAUCGACAUCAAGCUGGAGAUGGAGAAGAGGCUCCAGGACCUGGAGAACCAGUACCGGCGGGAGAAGGAGGAGGCUGAUCUCCUCCUGGAGCAGCAGAGGCUGUAUGCGGACUCGGACAGCGGGGACGACUCGGACAAGCGCUCGUGCGAGGAGAGCUGGCGGCUGAUCGCCUCGCUGCGGGAGAAGCUGCCGGCCACCAAGGUGCAGAGCAUCGUGAAGCGCUGCGGCCUCCCCAGCAGCGGGAAGCGCCGGGAGCCCCUCCGGGUCUACCAGAUCCCGCAGCGCCGGCGCCUGGGCAAGGACCCCCGCUGGGUCACCCUGGCCGACCUGAAGAUGCAGGCGGUGAAGGAGAUCUGCUACGAGGUGGCGCUCAACGACUUCCGGCACGCGCGGCAGGAGAUCGAGGCCAUGAGCAUCGUGAAGAUGAAGGAGCUGUGCCGGCUCUACGCCAAGCGCGACCCCCACGAGAAGGAGAGCUGGCGGGCCGUGGCCCGGGACGUGUGGGACACCGUGGGGGUGGGCGAGGAGCGGGGGGAGGGGGAGCCGGGGGGCCCCAACCCGGCCGUGGACGACCUGCGCGCCCAUAUCGACAAGCUGACCGACAUCCUGCAGGAGGUCAAGAUCCAGAACAACAUGAAGGACGAGGAGAUCCGGGCCCUGCGCCACCGCAUGGUCAAGAUGGAGAGGGUCAUCCCCAUCUCCCAGGAGGACGGGGCGGCCGAGGACCUGGCGUACGACUGGGGCUCCCCGCUGGAGGAGCCGGAGCCGGAGCCGGCGCCGGAGCGGAGCCACGAGCGCGUGUGCCGGCUGAUGGAGCAGGACCCGGCCUUCCGGCGCGGCCGUCUCCGCUGGCUGAAGCAGGAGCAGGCUCGGCUCCAGGGCCUGCAGCAGCAGCAGCUCGGCAAGGGCCUCCGGCGCCAGCCCCACGCCCCCGGCAAGUUCGUGCCCCCCCAGGACUGCAAGCUGCGUUUCCCUUUUAAGAGCAGCCCCCACCACCGCUACUCGUGGGGCCCCAACUCCGCCUUCAUGGUGGCCGGGGGCGAGGAGCCGCGGGCGGAGGGCGACGGCCCGGGACAGGAGCCGGCCCCGGGGUCGCCCCGGCACCGGCGGCCCCACCCCCCCGGCGGCCCCCAGCACAAACACUGCAGCCGUCCGACGCCCCGGGCCCCCCACCGGCGCAACUCCCUGGACGGGGGGAGCCGGGCCCAGCCCUCCCGCCCGGAGCACCACCCGUCCCGCAAGCACAACUAUUACCCGCAGCAGCACCAGCCUUACCCGCAGCACCGCCCCCACCCGCCCUACGCCGCCCCGCCCCGCAUGCGCCGCCAGCGCUCCGCCCCUGAGCUCCAGGAGCAGGAGACCCCCGUGUAGCCGCCGCCCCGGCCCCCUCUGCCGCGCAGGAGCAUGGGAAACUGAGGCGAGCCGCAGAGCAUUGUGGGAAAGCCAGGGGGCGAGGGCCAUGCGGCGGAGGAGCUUGGGACAUGAGGGCGAGCCCCCUUGGCUCAUGGUGAAACCGGGGAGGGGAGGAUCAUGGGAAAUUGGAACAAGGCACGUUGGACCAUGGGAAAAGUGCAGAGUGGAGGAUCAUGGGAAAUUGGCAUGAGCUGCAGAGGAUCAUGGGAAAUUGGUACAUGCCCCGUUAGAUCAUAGGAAAAGUGCAGAGUGGAGGAUCAUGGGAAAUGGGGCGAGCUGCAGAGGACUGUGGGAAAAUGAGGGAGGGGGCGAGUGUGGAGCUGCAGAGGAUCAUGGGGAAAGGAGUGAGCCAUGUGGGCACAUGGGAAACUUGCAGAGUGGAGGAUCAUGGGAAAUCAGGGUGAACUGCAGAGGCUCAUGGGAAAAGUGGGGCUGUGGAGGUGGGAGAAAGGGUGGUGCUGCAGAGCAUGAUGGGAAAUGAAGCCUGGGGCCAAGUGGCAGAGGAUUGUGGGAAGUCAGACAUGGGGUAGCUCCCAUUCUGGGGGUGGCUGGGUUGGAAACCCCCAGGCGCCUGCGGGCUGAGCCCCAAGCUUCCUGACUGUGGGGCCUGUGCCCCCCAGGGGGCUCUGGGUGUUGGGAGCCCCCCGCCCUGGGGGUCUCCCCCACAGACAAUCAGGUUAAUUGUAAUGCCCCCCCCCGUCACAUCAAAAGGCCCCUACCCCAUACAGCUGCUACUGGAGGGGGCCGUGGGGUAUGGGACUCCCCCCCCAAGCCAGAAGAUUGAGGGGGAGGAGGGGCCAGAUGUGGACCUGCGGGGGGAGCCAGGACUCCUGGGUUCUCCCUGGCUGCUGUUGGUAAGGGGGGGGGGGCCGCUGUGCCUAGAUGUGACCCUGAAGAGGCGGUUCCUGGCCUGAAACCUGCAGGCAUCUUGUCCUGAGCCCUCAACUGGGGUGGGGGGCUUCACAGCUGGCCCCCCAUCCUGGCCCCCCAGCUCUGAGAUCCUCCCUCCCCGCAGAGUGGGGCCUGGGCAGAGAUGGACAAGCCCUGCCCCCCGCCCAGGGGCAUGAAGCCUGAACACCGAGACAUUCACCGCCGCUGCCUUCGACCCCCCCGUGGGGUACCCCCCAUUUCAGCCUCCCUGCCCCCCCCGACACGUUGUGGCCUGUGUGUGUGUUGUGUCUGUGCAUCCUGCCCCCCCCUGUCCAUUUUCUGGGGUUGGAUUUAUUCUUUUGGGGGAGGGGGCAGGCUGAGGAAUUAUAUUGUUCCCCCCCCCCCUGUAUUAAACAUAUAAACUGCC